GCCGGGUCAGAGCACAGGGCGGCCUGGGACACGCUGAGGCGACAUGCCGGGCCCCUGGGCCCCCUGACUUGGAACCGGGGGGCGUUUCCUGGACUCCUGGGCUAAGAGCUGGAAGCAGCUGGGGAAACUCCAGGCCACCUGCCCAUCCUGGCCCCGGCUGGGAAGGGUGUCGGCCCCUCCUCCUCCGUGCCCCCUCGUCCCGGAAGUCCACCAUGGAGAGCAAGGAUGAGGUCAGCGACACCGACAGCGGCAUCAUCCUGCAGUCUGGCCCCGACAGCCCGGUGGCCCCCGCGAAGGAGCUGACCCACGCGGUACGCAGGCAGCAGAGGGCCCUGGAGGAGCGGCUGGAGGCCUGCCUGGAGGAGCUGAGGACGCUCUGUCUGCGGGAAGCGGAGCUGACGGGCAUCCUGCCCGCAGAGUACCCCUUCAGACCGGGGGAGAAGGCCCCCAAGGUCCGCCGCAGGAUCGGAGCCGCUUACAGACUGGACGACUGGGCCUUGCACAGAGAGGACCCACUGAGCAGCCUGGAGCGGGAGCUGGCCCUGCAGCUGCAGAUCGCCGAGGCCGCGCGGCGCCUGUGCCGGGAGGGGAACCUGGGCCGCCAGGCGCGCCGGCAACGGAAGCACGCGGUGCAGCAGGAGGAGAAGAGGCUGCGGGAGCUGCAGCGCUGCCUGGGGGCGUGGCAGCGAGGCAACGGGGCCCCUCCUGCCCUGGCCCCAGGCCCAGAGCUCGGCGCCUCAGACGACAGCUCCCUGUUGGACGGGCUGCUCCGUGAGGAAGAGUCAUCUCAAGUGCCGAAACCUCCCCCAGAGUCCCCAGAUGCGCCUUCCCGGCCUCUCCCGCCCCAAACCCUCGAGGGGCUGCAGCCAGCAGGCCUUGACACGGGGGGCCUGGAGCGGGCCCCCAUCCAGAACAGCCCCUGGAAGGAGACAAGCCUGGACCACCCCUACGAGAAGCCCAGGAAGUCUUCCGAGCCCGGAAGCGAGUCCAGCAGCCCGGCCAGCACCCCGCAGGAUGGGCCCAGCGCCUCCAGCCCUGCCUCCUGCUACGUGGUCCCCGUCCACAACGUCCCCGGGCAGCGGCAGGGCCGCAUCAGUGCCCCGGCCACCCCUGAGAUGCAGGGCAGGAGGGGCCAGUCACAGCCCCUGAGGACCGACCCCUUCCGCGCGGGCCCCGACGGCAGGGGUCGCAGCGCCCUCCCGCGCCGCCGCCCCACUUACUACACGGUGACGGCACCCGCGCCGUGCCCCGCCUGCCACUCGUGCUCCGAGGACAGCGGCUCCGACGCCUCCAGCCUGUCGCACCCGACGCCGCCCGGCAGCAGCAGCCCCGACAUCUCCUUCCUGCGGCCGCUGUCCCCGCCCGCGCCGCCCCGCCCGCGCGUGCCCCGCGGCCCCCGACUCCGGCCGCCGCCCGCCUGCCUGAGGGCCGCGCGCUACCUGGUGCUGGCUGAGGGCCGCCCGCCGCCCGGCCAGUGGGGCGAGUGGGGCCCGGGCCGCGGCGAGGACGCGGCCGCCCCGCGCUGGCAGCGCCCGCUACCCGCCCACGGCCGCGUGGCCCGGACGCCCUCGCUGCGCGACAGCCCCGCGGGCCGCGGGCUCAGCAAGGCGGCCGUGUCCGAGGAGCUCAAGUCGUGGCACGAGCGGGCCCGGCUCCGGAGCUCACGCCCCCACUCGCUGGACCGCCAGGGGGCUUUCCGCGUGCGCAGCCUGCCGCCUGGCACCGAGGGCUUCGCGCGCACACAGGUGCCCACCGUGUGUGUGCUCCGGAGAUCGCCUGAGGGGGCCCCCGUGCAAGUGCUUGUACCUGAGAAUGGGGAGAUCAUCAGCCAGGUGUGACCCUGGGCUCCGGACACCGCGGCCGGCUGGCCCAAGAGACUGCAGAGACCGCUUCCCAGCGGGGCUGGGGCUGACACCGCCCACCCUUGAAGCCGUCUUCGGCUCCCCUCCCCCGUCGCAGGUCGAUGACCUGGAGCUGAGACUUUUUUUUUUUUUUUUUUUUUUUACCAGUUUUUGUUCAGAAGCUCUGGCCUACGGAUUUAUAUUUGUGGUUUGUCCCCAAGAUCCCUGUAAUAUGACAAUGCUUUAUUCCCCAGAGACAGGCCUACCGGACUCGAGGCCUUGCCUCUGACUAACAGCAUCUGUCUCCGUGUGCAAGACGUGUGGUAGGGGACGCAUCCCCAGAGAAUAGCCCCUGGCCCUCCUGCCCCACUGCUGCUGGGGGCUGCACCUCCAUCCCCUGUUUCCCAGCUCCCAGGCUGUAGGGGUGCCCGGGCUGGGGGGUGAGUCCUCCCCUCUAUAAUGUGCUCUGUGAUGCACGCACCGAGAGCUAGGUUAAAGGUCGGUGUGUCCUGGUGGAGUCUUGUCUUCCUGGGCGCUGCUCUUUUCCUGACCCCGUGACUUCCUUGUAGGGGCCCCUGUCACUGUGUGCGCCCUUGUCCUGAGGCUCCCAGCAUCGACCCAGACCCAGGAGCCUUGGGUUGGAGGCCUCUCCAGGUUGUAGCAUCAGGAGGCCCUGGCCGGGAGCUGACCACCUUCUCUGGGCCUCUUGAGGAGUUGCAGGCCACCGCCCC